AUAAAUUUAACAUGAAAAUUGGGGGCGAGUGAAAUUGAUUUAAAUCAAACCUAACCGGCGCUAGGUCAAGCUUUCUUCUAACUUCUCUCAGUCGCUGCAUCUCUUCUCCGCACAGAUUCACAUACCCAAACAUUUUCUUCCAAACAAACUUGUUUUAGAGAUAUUCGGCGAUUAAUUUUCCAUGGCAAACAACCCGUCGCAGCUUCUCCCAUCAGAAUUGAUCGACCGGUGCAUAGGAUCAAAAAUAUGGGUGAUAAUGAAGGGUGACAAGGAGCUUGUUGGCACUCUUAGAGGCUUUGAUGUUUAUGUCAACAUGGUCCUUGAAGAUGUUACUGAAUAUGAGAUCACUGCUGAAGGGAGACGGAUAACCAAGCUCGAUCAGAUUUUACUCAAUGGAAACAACAUUGCCAUUUUAGUUCCUGGUGGUUCACCUGAGCCAGACUCAUAGUGCUACUUGGAUUCCUAUAUAUAACUCUUUGGUGUUGCUUUAGGGACAUAAUUCCUAUAUUUUGCAAGGAUUCUGAGGCCGCUAGGUUUAGAUUUUUACUUCCAUAAGUUGGUUUUUAUGAUACAUGAUUGUAGUGUAAUGCUUGUUCAACUUCUAUCAUGUUGAACUGUGGAUUGUCCAGUGUAACAAGUAAUGCUAUUGAUUAUGACAGAUUAUUGUGCGCGUUUAUAUUCCUA